AUGGAACAGCUACAGAACGAAAAAAGUCAUUGUGAGGGAAUACUAUGGCGUGUUAAGGUGAUUUACUCGUUGAUAUAUGCGUUGAUAUUCAUCGUUGGAGUUGUGGGAAAUGGAUUGCUGAUCUCAUCAGUGCUGCUCAGAAAGCGAUCCAGUGUCGCCAAUGUCUUCUUGGUGAACUUGGCCGUAUCUGAUCUGCUCUUGUGCAUCACAGCUGUGCCGAUUACUCCCGUACUAGCCUUCAUGAAGAGAUGGGUGUUCGGACUUGUGCUCUGCAAAAUCGUCCCGUCCUGUCAGGCCAUUUCAGUGCUGAUUUCGUCGUGGUGUUUGUGUUACAUCGCCAUCGACCGAUAUCGGAGCAUUGUCACUCCUCUGAAGGAACCGUGGAAGUUGCAUCAUGCACAGGUGAAAUUAGCUAUUCCUCUCCCUGAUUUCGGUGCCGAAUACAUUCUGAUCCCUCAGAGUGUUCUCAUCGUGACUUGGCUGGUUGCGGUAUUCGCUUCUUCUCCACUCUACUUUUCACAAUCACUGAAAACGCUCACCAUGACGAAUAUUACCUUAUGCGGUGAGUUUUGCGGCGAAUUCAACUGGGCGCAGGAGGACCACACCAAAUUACUCUACGGUAUCUCGUUAUUGGUGGUACAGUUUGUGAUUCCAGCUGUGAUCAUGUCGCUCUGCUACUGGAAUAUUCUCCAAAAGGUGCGAGCUGACUGGAUUGUCGACGAAGGCUCCAUGUUGACUGCUGCUCAGCAAGCCCAAACGGCCGUUCGUAAGAGGCGAGUCAUGUACGUGCUGAUUCUGAUGGUCGUUGUUUUCAUGACAAGCUGGUUGCCACUCUCUGCGGUCAAUUUGAUUAAGGACCUAGAAAUCCCACUGAUUCUUGAGCAGAUGUACUUUAAGCUGUUGAACGUGCACGCGAUUGCCAUGACCUCCGUGGUGUGGAAUCCGUUGCUUUACUUUUGGAUGAGUAAACGGCAUCGUCGAGCACUCAAGGACGACAUGACGUGGUUGACAAACGUUCGAAGACACACCAACGUUGGAGUGCUGUCUAGAUUCACACCGUCGCCUUCAGUGUCAUUGGUAUACCGACGAACUCUUGAGAAGCACCUCGGAGUGCCCAAUUUCAGGUCGUGUCUUAAAUUCGCCUUCAUUUUUUUUUAUCGUGUUGCCGUGCAACGCGCGAUUCUCACGGAGAGAUUCUCUAACGGUUAG